AUGAACUUUCGCCACGCUCUUUCAACCCUCGGCUGCCAGAAAACAUCUGAUGUUUGGUCAGAAGACAUGAGGUUCACUUUGGGCAUGUUCUCUGCAAAAGAGCUCGUGCUUCGAAUAAAAGCGCCUAAAAGAAAAAAUCAAAUAGGAAUAAGGAAAAAGCUAAUUGAUUUAAUGUUCUCAACAAUGCACUGGCGAGUUCUGCGGUUCUUUUCAGUAUUCUUCUCCUGCUCUGAGAGACCAUCGUCUGUGCAUGUCCAUGUUGUCGGUGGUACCUCAACCUCAAAAGCCUGGGUGUUGCCUCUCCAAACAUUCUUUUCUCGUGGAAUGUGCUCAUGGAACAUGACCAGCACCGAGCCAAGUGAUAGAACGGCAAGAAUCUUUGUAGGGAGCAUCUGGGCCUGUGAAUCCAAAGGGAUUAUUCAAGCCCCAAAGACUCACACUCCAAUUGUAACUCUGUCGAACAAUUCUCUCUCUUGUUCAAGAAACUCAAGUAAGGCGCACCCGUCAUUGAAGCCGUACACCAUGCCAUAUAGCUGCUCCUCAUCCUCUACUUGCUGGCCUAAUAUCCCCUCUUUAACCUCCACAGGCCGUGCUUGGGCGGUACGUGGCACAGCCCGCCGAGAUCGCCGUGCACGGAUGAUGCGUCGUACACCUGAUGUGAAGCUGUCCGACAGAGAAAUGAUUUUCGAGUGGCUCGAAUGA